CUCACCACUCUUUUGUUUUGGUUUUGGAUCCUAUGUUUCCAUACCCUCUCUCUCUACUGUUUUAUCAACAAAAAGAGACAAGAAAACAAACAGCUACAUGCAUGAAUUUUCUGCUGCCAUCAAAUAUAACUAUAGGUAAGAGAAAGGCAUCCAGCUGUGGCAGGAGUGAAGGCAUGCUUGUUGAGUUGAGUUAAUUGUCCCUUUUCCCAAUUCUGCAAAAGCUGUGUUAUCACAAUGGAUGGUAGCAGAAGAUGGAGUUGGUGUUCACAAGCAUGUUCAACAAUCAACCUCUUCAUCUUCAUGGUGCCUCUCAUUCUGCUUGCUGCCUUUGCCUCUUUAAAGGGUCCAACCGUUUGCAGAUGGGGUUUCAUUGCAAAAUGUUCUUUCUCUUUCACUCCUCCUUCAAAUUCUUCUCUACAAUCUCACGAACCUAAAGUUCUCAAUGUCUCCAAACCAUGGUUCAAUUCAUCAGCUCCUGUGAACGAAUCUGAUGAACCCAAACCAAGACACAAGCAAAAGAGAAAGUUCAGCAUCUUAGAUAGAACUGAAGCUAUUCUAGCACAAGCUCGAUCUGCUAUCAGAGAAGCCAGACACGAGAAUCAAACACAAGAUUCAGAUUACGUUCCAAUAGGUCCAAUGUAUUGGAAUGCUAAGGCAUUUCACAGGAGCUACUUAGAAAUGGAGAAAGAGUUCAAAGUGUAUGUGUACGAAGAAGGGGAGCUUCCAGUUUUCCACAAUGGACCAUGCAAAAGCAUAUACUCCAUGGAGGGUAACUUCAUCCAUGCUAUUGAAAUGAAUGACCAUUUUCGAACAAGGGAUCCAGAGAAAGCACACGUCUUCUUCCUUCCUUUUAGCGUAGUCAUGAUGGUGCGAUUCGUGUAUGAAAGGGACUCGCGCGACUUUGGCCCCAUAAAGAAAACUGUCACAGACUAUGUCAACCUCAUUGCUCAUAGAUAUCCCUAUUGGAACCGAAGCCAUGGAGCCGAUCACUUCAUGCUUGCAUGCCAUGACUGGGGGCCAGAGACAUCAUUGUCCUUACCUCACCUACACAAGAACUCCAUUCGAGUGCUUUGCAAUGCCAACACAUCAGAAGGAUUCGAGCCAGCAAAGGAUGUUUCAUUUCCGGAGAUCAAUCUUCAAACGGGUUCGAUAAAGGGCUUCCUUGGUGGGCCAUCAGCAUCGAAAAGGCCCGUUUUGGCCUUCUUCGCAGGGGGGGUCCACGGGCCCAUUAGGCCCGUUCUCCUGGAGCACUGGGAAAACAAGGACAAAGACAUUGAGGUCCACAAGUACCUGCCGAAGCAUGUUUCGUACUACGGCAUGCUGAGGAAGAGCAAGUUCUGUCUCUGUCCCAGCGGGUACGAGGUUGCUAGUCCGAGAGUUGUGGAAGCGAUCUACACAGGGUGCGUUCCUGUGCUGAUUUCGGAGCACUAUGUUCCUCCCUUCGGUGACGUUCUGAAUUGGAAGACGUUCUCGGUUGAGCUUUCGGUGAAGGACGUUCCCAAGUUGAAGGAGAUUUUGAUGAGUGUUUCUCCGAGGCAGUAUAUAAGAAUGCAGAGAAGGGUGGGGCAGAUUCGGAGACACUUUGAGGUGCAUUCUCCGCCCAAGCGAUUCGAUGUGUUUCAUAUGAUACUGCAUUCUGUGUGGCUUAGGAGACUCAAUUUCAGACUCCAUCAUCAUCAUCAAUGACUUGCAAGUAGUGUUGUGGCCAUCUUUGACAAAUUAGUGAAAUUACUUGGUACAGUUUCUCAAUGCAAUAA